AUGGGGAAGCUCCUAUGUGAAUCCUCUCCCACGGUGGCGGAAACGUUGAGUCCUUCGCCGCCGCUACUCACGUGGCAGGAUGCGACCAAGAUCCCACCGCCGCCGUGCCUCGAUUCGCCAGGAUCGCCGGAUCAGGGGGGGGAAAACCCGUGGAAUGAGGUCAGAGGGCUGGAGGACCAGCAGCGGCGGUGCCUGCAGAAUCUGUAUACCCGGGGGGUCUUCUGGAAGAAGAAGGACGAUCCGGCGGCGUUGGGGACGACCUUCCGGCUGUCGCAUGGCGGAGACGUGGAGGCCGACGGUAAUUGCCUCUUUACGGCGUCAAGGACGGCCAUGGGGCUGUCGAAGGUCGGGGCCCGGGAGCUGCGGCAACGAACCGUCCGGAGGUUCCUGGAAGACUACGCGGCAGAGGCCCCCGCCGAGAAAGAGGCCGUGGAUGCCGCGAUCCGGCACCUGUACUCUCCAGAUCUGAAGGCCGGAUGGGGAAUCCACGUUGUCCAGGAGGUGAAGCUCCUGGCUAGAAAGGCCGAUCGGGAGAUUCUCGAUACGGCGAUUCAGGAGCUUCUGGAUCUGGGAUUGCAGAGGUAGUGGAACAUCUCAGGAACCUGCAUUCCUUCACCUACGUUUUCCUCCCUUUUCCAGCAGUUCUUCUCCGUUGAGUUUUUCCGUUUUGCAUCUCGAAAAUCUUCUUAUAAUUUCACGAAAAAUGGUAAAUAAUACGUUGAAUUAGUACUCAUUUUAUCGUUCAGAAAUAAGCUUCUUUGUUUAUUAUUGGAUUAUUUUUCCACAUAUAACUGUUUGGAGAUUAUUACUCCAGUUGGCUGGGGUUGGCUACCACGCUAUAUGACAUGCUUUGGUUAUGACUAAAUUUUGAACAAGGUUGACUUUUAACAUGCUUCGGUUUUUUUGACCAAAUCCUUCUCUUAUGACUAAAUCCUAUAUAUAUAUAUAUAUAGGAUUUAGGUUGAUCGACAUGAAAAAAUGACAAGCUCGGCAUUUAGCUAUGUACUCAUAUACAUGUUUUGUGUUCCAUUUCCCAUGGGUGAGAUUGUUCACCGAGUAUAAUUUUUCUUAAGAUGGAUGAUCCGUCUGCCAUUGCUGACUUUUUUUAUCAAUUAUCCUCGAAAUUCAUGUGGGUUCAGCGUUGCAAGCUCUAGCAAACUCCGUUUCUGCUAUCACUUCUUCUCGAUUUAUUCAAUGUUAUUGUUCUCUCCAAUCCCAGGGAGAACGCGGCAGAAUCCAUUUACAAAGAGAGAUGCAUCGCUGUGAACGAUGCAUCAAGCUGGGCAAAGUACAUGUCCAUAUCUGGCUCCCCGGAGGACGAGUAUGACAUCAUCACUCUUCAAUACACUGAGGAGGGCUUGCUGACCGUGGAUGAAAACCGAGGGGGCCAUGCUGCUGCGUUUGGGGAUGAUUUUGCCAUCGGGAGCCUCUCCACAGAGUUUGGGAGGGAAAUUUUUGUGGUAUAUAUUGAUUAAUUUCUAGGAAAAAUAUAUUGAUUAUAUUUUGUCUUAUAUCUAGCAUUUGUCUAUAAAUGUAUGUCUGCGGGUGAGAUGUAAGCUCUAGGAAUUAUUCUAUAAAUGCUGAUAAAGUUGUGGUUUUCGGUUUGUGCAACUCAGGUUCAGGCGCAUGGAUUGGAUGCAAUGGUUGAUGAAGAUAACUGCAUCUUCUUCCUUCCUCAUCACCCAAGAGGCCAGAUGAAUGAAACUCCCUUUUUCCUCUUCAUGAAGGGAACAGGUAAACAGAUAGUGCAAUCUAGAGAGAGAAAGAGAGAGAGAGAGAGACAGAGGGUCUCACCCUUUUUGUUACCAGUUUCAUGCCCAGAUAUGAUUUAUCGCUUAUUUAUUUAUAUGAUUCAUGUUCAGCAAAAAGGAUUAUUCUUGAAAAAAAAAUGUGUUUUUUUUUUGGUGAUGGUGGAAGGUUGGUGUGGGGCGGGAGCUGACCACUACGAGCCCUUGAUCUCCCAUCCGGCUCCCCUCGUUCCCCAGGAGAAGGCAGCUUUCGUUCUCUGA